AUGGGAGAUGACGAAAUGGGCCCCGAGUGGGACACUAGUUCCGAAGAAGAAGAGGAACCCAGCGAAAGUGACGAGGAGAGCUUUGAAGAGGUGGAACGGCCAACCAAGAAGAAACCAGCCAAACCAGCCCCUGAGGAAGACGAAAGCAGCGAUGAAGAAGAAUUUGAAGAAGUGGAACGCCCAAGACCAAAGAAAGGAGCCAAGGCCGCACCACAAAAGAAGGCCGAUUCCAGUGAGGAAGAAGAGAGCGAUAGUGAUGAGGAUUUUGAAGAAGUCGAGCGGCCUUCCAAAAAGAAGCCAGCUCCCAAGAAACGAGUGGUUCAUGAAAUCAAGCGCAAGGCCAAAACUAAGGCUCCGCCAGUACCAGCAGAACCCGAGCCUAUCGAUGAAAAUUUGCAAAAGGAGUUCUUGUCAUAUUCCAACUGGAGACUCUUACCAGGAGGAAGCUGUCACAAGUCCGAAGUAGUGGCAUCCUUUCGCCAACACUUUCCCCAGUAUGACACCCAGGAUGCCUUGCCUGAUGAAAAGAUUGAACGCGUAUUGGACGAAUGGUACAACCGAAAGAUACGGCUCGAGGUUGGUGACGAUGGUGUAUACAAAGGCUUUCAUCUCAAUCCAAAGUUUUUGGAGGGAGAGGCCAAGGAAAAAGCCGAGGCAAUGGGAAAGCCAAAGAAGGAGGAAGCUGCUGGAGAUGGAGAAGCAGCUGGCAAGAAAAAGAAAAAGAAAAAGAAACCAGUAGACGGAGAGGAAAAGCCCAAAAAGAAGAAAAAGCCCAAGUCGAAAGAGGGUGACGGUGAUGAAGAGGGAGGCGAAGUGAAGAAAAAGAAGAAGAAGAAAAAGAAGCCAGAGGCAUAG